AUGGCUCCAACGCACCUUCCCUUCACCGCUCUCCUCCCGCUCCUUCUCUCCUUGCUGGUCCUCGCCACGCGGGCGGACGACAAUUCAGCCGUGAACGCAAUAUUUCAAGCCGCCGGCGCGUACACAAGCGGCGGGUCCCUGCCUCCAGUGUGCGAGCGUGGAGGAAUCACCUGCGAGAACGACCGCGUGGUGCAGAUCGAAUUCUCGCAAUGCGCCGACCCGCCCGCCCAAUCCAUGCUCGACGGCACGCUCCAUUCGGCGCUGGGCUCGCUGGGCAGCCUGAGGGCGCUCAACUUCUCCUGCAACAGCCUGCGCGGCGCCAUCCCCAGCACGCUCACCAAGCUGCAGCACCUCACGGCGCUGGACCUGAGCUUCAACCGCCUGAGCACGCGCGUGCCGCAAUACCUCUUCCGCAUGCCCGCCGUGCACACUCUGCGCCUGCGCAACGCAGGGCUCUUGGGCUGGCUGCCCAGGAAACCCAGGAGCUUCUCCCACACGCUGCGCCAUGUGGACCUGGCGCACAACCGCAUGUGGGGCUCCCUGCCCAGGUCCGUCUUCCAAAUGCGCAAGCUGGAGAGCCUCGACGUGAGCUUCAACCGCCUCAGCAGCACCAUCCCCAAAUCCCUCUCCCGCAUCAAGUCCCUGCGCAGCCUCGACCUCAGCUUCAACCGCUUCACCGGCACGAUCCCCUCGGGGCUCACUACGCUGCACAGCAUGGUGAGCCUGAGGCUCGCGGGCAACCGCAUUGGGGGGGUCAUUCCGGCGGGGCUGACCCACAUGACAGGGCUGCAGGUGAUGGACCUGAGCCGCAACCAGCUGCGCAAGCACAUCCCCGCUGCCAUCCUCAAUAUGCAAUCCCUAGAGGAGCUGCACCUGCAGCAUAAUUAUCUCAGCGGCACCUUCCCCCGCACCCCGGUCGCGCUGUCCCACAGCAUGAAGCACUUGGACGUGUCGCACAACGGGCUGUCAGGGGUGCUGCCAACGAUGUUGCAGAACCUGGGCAACCUGACGCACCUCAACGUGGCGUGGAACGGGCUGGCCGGCACCGUGCCCACCACUUUGAACGCGCUGCCGCUGCGCCACCUGGACCUGAGCCACAACGCCUUCAGCGGGUCGCUUGGAGUGACCGCCCAAGACGCGCUGUACGGUCAGAGCAACAGGUUUGACGGCGUGGUGGCAGCGGCGUUUGCAGACGGAGGCAGGGCCCCACUGAAGGUGCUGGACCUCAGCUACAACCUGCUCACCGCACUCAACCCCUUCCGAAACUGGAACCUCACGGAGCGGAUCAUCCUCUCUCAUAACUCCAUCCAGGAGACUGUGCCUAUGAAUUUCCUUGUAGACGAUGCGGCAACGGGCGGCACACAUGCCAAGCACCUGGACCUGAGCUUUAAUCAAAUCGGCGGCACCCUGGAGCCGCUGAGCACGUUGACCGCGUUGACCAGCCUUGACCUGACGGGCAACCAGCUGACUGGGGGGGUGCCCACGUGGGUGAGCAAGCUGACGCGGCUGCGGCGGUUGCACCUGGGGGAGAACCAGCUGGGCGGCACACUGCCUGUGGAGCUGUUCGCGUCUGCCAGCGUGCUGCAGCAUGUGGACGUCAGCGGCAAUGCCCUCUCAGGUGCGCCAUGCAUGGGGGGAGCGGAGGGGCGGGGGGAGGGGACGGUUUGGAAAGGGGGGAGUAAUGGUGAGGGUAUGAAGGGGAGGACGGAGAGGACGGAGAGGAGGGAAAAUCGAGGGGGUGUGGAAGAGAGGGAAGGGAACGAGGGUAGGAGUGGCGUAGGCGCGCUCCCUAUCCUGACCAACUGCCCGGCGGUGCUGGACCUAUCGAACAACGGGCUGGAAGGCGAGCUCACACCCGCCAUGCUGGCGCCCUGCGUCGACACCGCGCCGCUCACGGACCUCGACCUCUCGCGCAACAAGUUCACGGGACCCAUCCCCGCCGCGCUCACGCAACUCCUCUUCCUCCACCGCCUCAACCUCAGCCACAACGCCUUCUCCGACUCCAUUCCCGACGGCUUCGCCGUGCUUCCCGUGCUGCGCGAUCUCGACCUGUCGCAUAAUCUCCUUGCGGGGAGCAUAUCGGCGGAUCUGGGGAGCAACGUGGCACUGAAGACGGUUGCGCUGGGCGGGAAUGGGCUGGUCGGGCAAGUACCUUACUGGCUGAGCAAGUUUCCCGUGGAGAGCUUCAGGCCCGACAACUGGCAGCUGUGUGACAUGCCGCUGCCCGCCUGUGUCUUCGAUGUUGUCAUGUAG